AUGAGCUGGGCCUUCCUGACGAGGUUGCUGGAGGCUGUGACCCAGCACUCCACUCUGGUGGGGAAGCUCUGGCUGUCCGUGCUGGUGGUGUUCCGCCUGGUGCUGCUGGCCGUGGGCGGGGAGGCCAUUUACCGGGACGAGCUAAGUGGCUUCUCCUGCAACACAGGACAGCCAGGCUGCCAAAACGUCUGCUACGACGCCUUCGCACCCCUCUCCCACGUACGCUUCUGGGUGUUCCAGAUCAUCCUGGUCACUGCGCCCACCGUCUUCUACCUGGGCUAUGCCGUGCACCACCUGUCCCGGCGCCAGACGGCCCAGAAGCAAGAGGAGGAAGAGAGGGAGCCCAUGAUCGAAGAGAAACCCAAGAAGUUCCCUGAGGAUGGAGCCCACGAUGGUCGCAGGAGGAUCCGCAGGGACGGGCUCCUGGGGGCUUAUGUUGGGCAGUUGCUGAUUCGAUCUGCCUUAGAGGUGGCCUUCCUGGUGGGCCAGUACCUGCUCUAUGGCCUGGAAGUGCCUCCCUCCUACAUCUGCCAGCGCAGCCCUUGCCCCCACACCGUGGACUGCUUUGUGUCUCGACCCACGGAGAAGACCAUCUUCCUGCUGGUCAUGUAUGCAGUCAGUGGCCUCUGCCUCCUGCUCAACCUGAUUGAGUUGCUGCACCUGGGCCUGGGAAGCUUGAAGAAGGGUAAAGGCGGCCCUGCCCCACCUCCCCGUUCCAAGGGUCUCCAGCUGGAACAAAUGCAGAAACAGCUGCAUCUGGUCCAGAGGCAAAUGGACAUGGCAUUGCAUCUGGGCACACCUGCCUAUUCAAGCCAGUCUCCAUCCUAUGGCAUAUAUGCACAGCAAAACCUGCACAAUCAAGCCCAGAAAGAGGCUCCAUUCUCUAAGACGGCUCCACCUAUUCCUUUGUCCCUGAAUGGAGUUUUGCAGGCAUUGGGAGUCCCAGAAUCUUACUGA